GUUGCUUUCAGCUGCUUUGCGGGAAACAGGAAACACUCACAUACACUCACACUCACAUACACAUCCACCCACACACGCCAUUGGAGAGAGAGAGACAGAGAGAGAGAGAGAGAGAGGAAGAUAGAGAAGGAGGAUCUUUGAAGCAUCUGAUAUUCCAUUCGUCCGGUGCGCCACCACGUCUAAUUAUUCUAUUCAAAGCCGUCGUCGCCCUUCAACAACCCCAAACCCCGUUUACCCCCCCACCCGCCGUCCGUCAUCAUCCCAUUUCCGGCCCGGGAAACUCCACAAUCUACAUUGGUCUUCAUUUCCAUCUCUUCAUCACUCAUCUUGAUCCUCAGACAUGGUUACCGUGGCCAAGAACGCGGCACGCGGCGCCACCAGCGCGCCGCGCCAGACGCUCACCGUCGUGGACAACCGCACCGGCAGCUCGUACGAGCUGCCCAUCAAGAACAACUCGGUCCUGGCGACGGACAUCAAGAAGAUCAAGGCGGCGCGCGGCAAUGACCGUCCCGAGGAUGAGACGGACCAGGGCCUCCGCGUCUACGACCCGGCCUACAUGAACACGGCCGUCGUCCAGAGCAACAUCACCUACAUCAACGGCCUGGAGGGCAUCCUCCGCUACCGCGGCUACCCCAUCCAGCAGCUCGUCGACAAGUCUCACUUCCUCGAGUCGGCCUUCCUGCUCAUCUACGGCGAGCUGCCCACAUCGUCCCAGUACAGCCGCUGGCAGGACGAGAUCAUGCACCACACCUACAUCCACAGCGACAUUGAGGGCAUGUUCAAAUCGUUCCGCUACGAUACCCACCCCAUGGCCAUGCUGCAGGCCUCCUUCUCCUCGCUCGGCGCCUUCGCCCCGGAGUCGAACCCGAGUCUGCAGGGUCAGAAGCUGUACACCGACGCCGCCUCGGGUGACAUGCACGCCCUCAAGAUGCUCGACAAGCAGAUCCUCCGCAUCAUUGGUAAGGCGCCCACGCUGGCCGCCGCCUCGUACCGCAUGCGCCAGGGCCGGCCCUUCAACCGCCCCGCCCAAGGGCUCAGCUACACGGGCAACUUCCUGUACCUGCUCGACCACCUGAGCGGGCACGAGUACCAGCCUCACCCGGUGCUGGAGCGCGCCCUCGACGCCCUCUUCAUCAUCCACGCCGACCACGAGGUCAACUGCUCGACGGCGACGGUGCUGCAGGUCGGCUCGAGCCUCGUCGACCCCUACAGCGUCGUCUCGGCCGGCUGCGCCGCGCUGUACGGCCCCAGCCACGGCGGCGCUAGCGAGAGCGCCAUCCGCAUGCUCAUGGAGAUUGGCAGCCCCGAGAACGUGCCGGCCUUCAUGCAGAAGGUCGAGAAGCGGGAGCGCGUGCUCGUCGGCUUCGGCCACCGCGUCUACAAGAACGUCGACCCGCGCUCGACCGCCAUCCGCAAGCUUGCCGAGGAGGUCUUCGCCGUCACGGGCCGGAACCAGCUCCUCGACACGGCGCUCGAGCUGGCCAGGUACGCGCGCGAGAGCGAGUUCAUGACGAAGCGCAACCUGUACCCCAACGUCGACUUCUACUCGGGCCUCAUAUACCAGGCCAUGGGCUUCCCGCUCGACUUCUACCCCGUCCUGUUCGCCGUCCCCCGCUGCGUCGGCUGGCUGGCCCACUGGAGGCAGCAGAUGCUGCAGAAGGGCGGCGUCAAGAUCUGGCGGCCCCGCCAGCUGUACGUCGGCGAGGGCGAGCGCGAGUACGUCGAGGCCGGCCAGAGGCGGGAGAAGCGCGACAAGUCGCUGUUCGACGAGCCCGUGCAGGUCAGCCACGGCGGCGACAGCAAGAGGAACGAGCUCGCCACGUACAAGGACGAGAUGGGCAACGCCUGGAGGGGCCGUUCCAAGCUUUGAGUGUAGUAUUACUGUCUGUUUGUCUGUUCGCCUGUCUGUCUUUCGGCC